GAGAGAGAGAUGAUUGUGCUAUAGUGAGCUCUGUAGGCUUGUGACUGAGGAGGCGGAACUACUGCACACCACCAGGCCAUCAGUAGUGACUACUUGGUGCCCGAUGGCUGCUCCACCCAGUGCUGUAAAUUCAAACAACUUUCUUCCUUUAUCUCACUGUGAUACCUGACACUCUCUUGGACGGUUUGUGGCUGCGAGUUUUGGUAUUCUUUUAUUUCCUUUUUUUAUUGUUGAUCUAUUUGUUAAUUAUUUUUAGCGAACUUUUAAAACAUUACCAGUACUUGAACUGUCUUGCGCUCGAGGCGGAGCGUCCUUACAGAAGGAGGUGAGUUCGCAGCAGGAGCAAACUUCUAACGGGACUUAUGAGACCGAGACAGGCAUCAUGACCUGGCUUUCGUUAAGAAUGUUACUCCUUGUGACUCUCUUCAGCUUCUGUCGGCUUAAUCAGAACGUACAAGCUCAAACCACAGAUGUUGUCACCAAUCUCACUGUCUCUGACAAAACCACAUCAUCUGUGUCUCUAACCUGGAAUAAGCCAAAUGGAACCUGGUCCUACUUUAAUGUAACCUGGACUGAUGGCAGUGUGACUAACAGCAGUAACACUUCAAGCACACCUUACACUGUCACUGGUCUGACUGCUGGAGUGAACUAUACAUUCACUGUUACUGCAGUAGCUGCAGAUAACCAAACUACAGGAGCACCAAUUAAAAACUCAGCAUUCACAAAGCCAGAUGUUGUCACCAGUCUCACUGUGUCUAACAAAACCACAUCAUCUGUGUCUCUUACCUGGAAUAAGCCAAAUGGCAACUGGUCCUACUUUAAUGUAAACUGGACUGAUGGCAGUGUGACUAACAGCAAUAACACUUCCAGCACAUCUUACACUGUCACUGGUCUGACUGGUGGAGUGAACUAUACAUUCACUGUUACUGCAGUAGCUGCAGAUGGACAGACUGCAGGAGCACCAACUCAAGUCUCAGCAUUCACAAAUCCAGGUGCUGUUGCCAGUCUCACUGUCUCUAACAAAACCACAUCAUCUGUGUCUCUAACCUGGAAUGAGCCAAAUGGAACCUGGUCCUACUUUAAUGUAAACUGGACUGGUGGCAGUGUGACUCACAGCAGUAACACUUCAAGCACAUCUUACACUGUCACUGGUCUGACUGCUGGAGUGAACUAUACAUUCACUGUUACUGCAGUAGCUGCAGAUGGUGAAACUAAAGGCAAAAUAACGCAAAACUCAGCAUUCACAAAUCCAGAUGUUGUCACCAAUCUCACUGUCUCUAACAAAACCACAUCAUCUGUGUCUCUAACCUGGAAUAAGCCAAAUGGAACCUGGUCCUACUUUAAUGUAAACUGGACUGGUGGCAGUGUGACUAACAGCAAUAACACUUCAAGCACAUCUUACACUGUCACUGGUCUGACUGCUGGAGUGAACUAUACAUUCACUGUUACUGCAGUAGCUGCAGAUGGACAGACUGCAGGAGCACCAACUCAAAUCUCAGCAUUCACAAAUCCAGGUGCUGUUGCCAGUCUCACUGUCUCUAACAAAACCCCAUCAUCUGUGUCUCUAACCUGGAAUCAGCUAAAUGGAACCAGGUCCUACUUUAAUGUAACCUGGACUGGUGGCAGUGUGACUCACAGCAGUAACACUUCAAGCGCAUCUUACACUGUCACUGGUCUGACUGCUGGAGUGAACUAUACAUUCACUGUUACUGCAGUAGCUGCAGAUGGACAGACUGCAGGAGCACCAACUCAAAUCUCAUCAUUCACAAAUCCAGAUGUUGUCACCUAUCUCACUGUCUCUAACAAAACCACAUCAUCUGUGUCUCUAACCUGGAAUGAGCCAAAUGGAACCUGGUCCUACUUUAAUGUAACCUGGACUGGUGGCAGUGUGACUAACAGCAGUAACACUUCCGGCACAUCUUACACUGUCACUGGUCUGACUGCUGGAGUGAACUAUAUAUUCACUGUUACUGCAGUAGCUGCAGAUGGACAGACUGCAGGAGCACCAACGCAAAUUUCAGCAUUCACAAAUCCAGAUGUUGUCACCAGUCCCACUGUCUCGGACAAAACCACAUCAUCUGUGUCUCUAACCUGGAAUAAGCCAAAUGGGAACUGGUCCUACUUUAAUGUAAACUGGACUGGUGGCAGUGUGACUAACAGCAGUAACACUUCAAGCACAUCUUACACUGUCACUGGUCUGACUGCUGGAGUGAACUAUACAUUCACUGUUACUGCAGUAGCUGCAGAUGGACAGACUGCAGGAGCACCAACUCAAAUCUCAGCAUUCACAAAUCCAAAUGUUGUCACCAGUCUCACUGUCUCUAACAAAACCACAUCAUCUGUGUCUCUAACCUGGAAUGAGCCAAAUGGGAACUGGUCCUACUUUAAUAUAAACUGGACUGAUGGCAGUGUGACUAACAGCAGUAACACUUCAAGCACAUCUUACACUGUCACUGGUCUGACUGCUGGAGUGAACUAUAUAUUCACUGUUACUGCAGUAGCUGCAGAUGGACAGACUGCAGGAGCACCAACUCAAAUCUCAUCAUUCACAAAUCCAGAUGUUGUCACCAGUCUCACUGUCUCUAACAAAACCACAUCAUCUGUGUCUCUAACCUGGAAUGAGCCAAAUGGAACCUGGUCCUACUUUAAUGUAACCUGGACUGAUGGCAGUGUGACUAACAGCAGUAACACUUCAAGCACAUCUUACACUGUCACUGGUCUGACUGCUGGAGUGAACUAUACAUUCACUGUUACUGCAGUAGCUGCAGAUGGACAGACUGCAGGAGCACCAACUCAAAUCUCAGCAUUCACAAAGCCAGAUGUUGUCACCAGGCUCACUGUCUCUAACAAAACCCCGUCAUCUGUGUUUCUAACCUGGAAUGAGCCAAAUGGGAACUGGUCCUACUUUAAUGUAACCUGGACUGAUGGCAGUGUGACUAACAGCAAUAACACUUCAAACACAUCUUACACUGUCACUGGUCUGACUGCUGGAGUGAACUAUACAUUCACUGUUACUGCAGUAGCUGCAGAUGGACAGACUGCAGGAGCACCAACUCAAAUCUCAGCAUUCACAAGGUCAGGAGCCAAUAUUCAAUAA